AUGAAGCACCGAGACCAAAAAUUAAAUAAACACUGCAUCGAAGAUGCGGCGCAGCUGAAUCUUAAGUACCAGAACGAUCUCAGAGGUGCUGAUCUCGCGACAAGCCUGAUCGGAGACCAGCAGCAAAAACGUAUUUCUCGGAAUACUGACGAGCGAGUCCUCUCAAUCCUCGUCUGGGUGUACUUCAUCCAGAUCCUUGAUAAGUCCGUUCUUGGAUAUGGCGCCGUCUUUGGGCUGCGGCAGGACUGCAACUUGACGGUCAGCUUUGAAUUGGCCAUUGCCCAGCUCUCAUGGUGGUCCUUCCCCACGUGGCUCAUCUUCAAGGUGCCGCAUCGCAUCUUGGUGCCCUGUCUGGUGUUGGGCCGGGAAUUGCUGAGGCCCGUCUACCACAACUACGCUGGCUUGAUGGCGACCCGUUUCCUACGUGGCUUUUUUGAAGCCGGCUGCCUCGCUCUCUUCUCUGUCAUCACCUUUCAGUGGUAUCGCCGCACCGAGCAGCCAAUGCGCGCAGCACGGUCUUGUCACAAUGUUUGCUGCUCUGUGUCAUAUGGGCUGGGCCAAAUCAAUGGUGUCAUCCACUCGUGGCAGAUUCUCUUCAUCUUCGACCGGCUGGCAACCGUUCUCACCGCGCCCGUGCUGUACAUGUUCCUGAACAACAGUAUCCCAACGGCACGGUUCCUCGCCGAUCACGAGAAGCUACAAGCCAUUGAACGCCUCCGAGCGAACCAGACGGGCACAUAUAGCCGCGGAAUCAAAUGGGGCCAGGCAUUUGAAGCUCUCUACGAACUCAAAAGCUAG